AUGUCAGUCCCACCCUCCAACACCAGCGAUCUUCCUCCGCCUUCUGAAGACCAAGCAUACUGCACCGUUUCUGCCAUUGAGGCCGGCAUACUAUCUCUUCCCUCAAGUUUCGUCUUUGAUCCACAAGACGUCGAUCCUGCGUCUCGCUGGGAUGUACCUUGCUUCGCCUUCCUCGUCCAACACAGCGCUACGAAGAAGUACAUCCUCUUCGAUCUCGGGUUUCGCAAGGACUACGAACGUCUACCGCCCGAAUGUGUUGCCGCACUGAAACACGGGGCGCCUAUUCGCGUCUCAGCGCAUCUUGACGACAAGCUGCGCAACGGCGGGCUCGACCCGGCUGCAGUCGGGCAAAUUAUCCUUUCGCAUGCCCAUUGCGAUCACCACGGCGACCCCUCCCGCUUCCCGCACGCUGAGAUCGUGGUGCAUCCCAACACCACAGAGACCGUGAACAAGGGGUAUCCCUUGGACUCGAAGUCGCAGAUCGCCCAGGACCUGCUCCCGCCUGAGAGAACGCGCGCUCUGGACGAGAGCGCCUGGGCGCCUCUCGGGCCGUUCAGUCGCGCGCAUGACUUCUUCGGCGAUGGCAGUGUGUACGUCGUUGAUGCCCCGGGACAUUUCCCCGGCCAUGUCAACCUUCUCGCACGGACGUCGUCAGACGGCGCUUGGUUGUACCUUGCCGGUGAUGCUUGCCACGACUGGAGACUCCUGCGCGGAGAGAUGCGUAUGGCGAUGGGGAAGGACGCACAUGGGCAUGCGUACUGCCUGAUGCAUACGGACCAUUCCGAGGCUGUGAAGACCAUUGCAAACAUCCGAUCUCUCGUAGAGAUGCCACGGGUGCGUGUGCUGCUUGCGCACGACGUACCGUGGUGGGAUGAAACCAAAGGGGAUAAGGGUUUCUGGCCGGACACUAUCGCCUCCUUGUGA